AAUAUGGAAGAUGCAGACUCAUUUUUAUUCAAAUUUAAAGGAUAUCAUUUUGGUCAUGAAGAACUUGAUAUUGGCUUUAUAGAAAAUUUAGAUGAUUUUGUAAUCAGAGAAAGUGAUGUCUUCAUUAUUACAUACCCCAAAUCUGGAACCAGCUGGUUUCAGCAGUUAUUAAGCUUGAUUUAUUUUGAAGAACAUCGCAAAGGCAUUGGGAACCUGGAAACAGUUGAUCGAGUCCCCUUCUUCGAGUACAACUUUCGAAAAAUGGAUUUUGUUGAAAGACCAUCUCCUCGUCUCUUUGCUACCCACCUCCCAUACUACUUGGUUCCAAGGGGGCUGAAGAACAAAAAAGCAAAGAUUAUUUACAUAUACAGAAACCCUAAGGACGUUAUGUGCUCAUAUUUCCACUUUUCAAAGAAUGUGACAUUGCAAGUUACAAGUUCCUUUGAGGAAUUUAUGGAACAAUUUCUAGAAGGAAAAGUGUUGGGAAGCCUUUGGUUUGACCAUAUCAAAGGUUGGUAUGAGCACAAAAGCCUCUUCAACAUUCAGUUCUUGAUGUAUGAGGAGAUGAAGAAGGAUCUCAAAGGUUCUCUGUCAAAAGUCUGCAAGUUUUUGGGGAAAGAGCUGAGUGAGGAGGAAAUGGAUUCCAUUGUGAGACAGGCCACAUUUCAGAACAUGAAAUAUGACCCACGGGCAAAUUACAAGAAUAUAAUAAAGACCCGAUAUGGGUUAGAAGCUAAAGGUCAUUUCCUUCGCAAAGGUACCAUUGGAGACUGGAAAAAUCACAUGACUGUUGAGCAGAAUGAAAGGUUUGACAAGAUUUUCCAAAGGAAAAUGAAAGAUUUUCCCUUGAAGUUCAUCUGGGAUAUGAAUGAAGAAUAG